AUGCCGUUUCUCCAAACUGUUGUCUCACCUAGACGCUUCUCACCUUUUUGUGAUGCCACUUUGCAUCCAUUGUUAUCACUUAGUAUUAAGAAUCCUAUGUUGGAAUGUAAUCACAGAUUUUCUCAUUACUCCCCUGUAUCUAACCGCCGCAUUGUAAAGUCUAUUUCAUGCUCUGGUUCUACAAAGUCUCGUCGUCCAAAACCCGAGCCUGAGCCCGAACCUGAAGCUGGUUCGAACCAAAGAGCAAGGCCGAAGACAAGAAGCAGAAGUGGCCAACCUAAAGAUGUGGUGUCCAGCAACACUGAUAAGAAUUCUGCCGAGACAUUCCCCACGACGAUUCCAAGGAAGCCAAGGCGUGGUCGCCGGAGUGAAGCUGUGGCAGUGGAAGAUUUGGUGCGUGAUUCGCUCGAGCGCACAUUUGCCACAAUUCGGCAACAAAACGAGAAUGCUUUGGAGAAUUAUGAGAAUAUAAUGAAGGAGAGGGAAGGUGACAAUUCUGAAACCGAGAAUGGUGCUAAUGACAAUGAUAGUGAUGAGAAAGAGGAAGAUGGUGGUGAAGGUACAGAAAAAAAGAUAGUGAUUGAGGAAGAAAGUAAAAACUGGCCAUUGGAUGCAGAUGUUGGAUGGGGAAUAAGAGCUUCUGAGUAUUUUGAGAAGCAUCCAAUCAAGAAUGUGGUGGGAGAAGAUGGGUAUCAAAUAGACUGGGAAGGGGAGAUCGAUGACAACUGGGUUCAGGAAAUCAACUGUUUGGAGUGGGAAAGUUUUGCUUUCCAUCCCAGCCCAUUAAUUGUCCUUGUCUUCGAACGUUAUAACAGGGCAACUGAUAACUGGAAAAACUUGAAAGAGCUGGAGAAAGCAGUAAAGGUAUACUGGAAAGCAAAAGAUCGGUUGCCUCCCCGGGCGGUUAAGAUAGAUAUCAAUAUCGAGACAGAUUUAGCUUACGCUUUGAAAGUCAAAGAAUGUCCUCAAAUUUUAUUUUUACGGGGUCAAAGGGUCGUGUACAGGGAGAAAGAACUCAGAAGUGCGGAUGAACUGGUUCAGAUGAUUGCAUUUUUCUAUUACAAUGCAAAAAAGCCUGCGUGGAUAGAUGAUGAGGCCGUGAAUUAUCGUUAUUAA